AUGAAGAAGUCGAUUGGGGCACAACUCACCCGCGAUUGGAAGAAGAAGGCUUGGAGAAAAAUCUCGCAAAAUAGGUAUGUCUCAACGAACUUUGAAUACAGCCCCACGAGUACAAUCUCCCGCUUUAAGGCCAUGCCCAUUGUGGAAAGGGAUUCAACAAAAUGGCAGAAAUCACCCCACCCUGUGAAGGCACAAGAGACAUUCCCCGAUAAUAACAACACAUUUUUCGAGUUAAUUAAAAAAAGUGCAAAAAAUAAAAAAGAAAAAAAUGAUCUUUCUCUUUGGAAUAAAUAUUGUAGAGAAGUAAAAAUAAGAGUGAGCGAAAAGAAUAUUAGCCCGCAGAUGAUUACGCUUUUUUUUACCUUCCUUUCACAGACGGAUUAUAAAAAUGAUCGCCUUAUCAGUGAGGUACUAAAUCGGUGCAUUUUGCGUCUUAGGGAAUUUGAUCUCGUGCACAUGUGUGCUCUGAUAAACGCCUUGGGGCGUAUGCACUUCCGGAGCGCCUACUUUUUGGACGAGGCGAAGAAGAAGUUGAUGGGAGAGGGGGACUCCUACUUUGAGCGUCACUCCCCUCACUACGUAUGUCUUUUGGUGAACAGUUUGGCCAAACUGCGCAGCGCGCCAGAAGGGGGUAACGAUGAUAGUAGCGGUGCUCACAACAGUAAUAUUAGCAGUAACUUUAGCAGUAACAUUAGCAGUAACAUUAGCAGUAACAUUAACAGUAACUUUAGCAGUAACUUUAGCAGUAACUUUAGCAGUAACUUUAGCAGUAACUUUAGCAGUAACCUUAACAGCAACCUUAACAGCAAUCGCAGCAGCAAUCGCAUGAGUGAACAUGGCGUGGUGGAAGAGGGCAAUGAUGCCACCGUCGUGGGCGUAGAGCGCAGCGGUGAUGAUGGCGACGCGCCCGAGGAACAGCUCCUGCCCCGAAUGGUCCAGCGAAUCCAGCACAGGCGCGCGGCCGAGUACAGCCUUCUGGGAAUGAGUCUCCUCCUUUUUAAUGUAUCCAAAUUGGGCCUACAAAAGUAUUACCAUCUUUUCAGUCAUUUUGAAGAACACAUAGUGAUGGUAAAAAAUGACUUAAACAUAAUCCAGCUGGUUAACAUAUUAACCGCAUAUGAAAAAACGUCGCUCUUAAGUUUGUCUUUCUUGGAUGAGCUUUUACACAGCCGAGUACUGCAAGGUGGGGAGAAGAAUGGAAAAUUGUGCGUUAACCAUUUGGCGAGACUACUAAAUGUUUCAUUUUCGUUUGUGCUGUAUACAAAGGAGAAGAAGAAUGUAGGACCAGGGGAAAGCGAUAUGUUACGAAGGAUAGGAAAACAAAGUGUUCAUAUGUUUACCCAGAUGUACAAAGAACUAGACAAAUGUAGGGGGAAGGACCUACCUUUCGUAUGCCUAACGUUAAGUAGAAACAAAAAACUCAUCAUAAGGAAGAAAGGGCGAAGUGGUAGUGGAGGGGAUUCUUCCCCCUAUUUUUCCUUCUCUCCCCCAGAGUGUGUACUCAUGAAGAUUUUUGAAAAAAUAACAACUGGGGUGAAAACAUAUAUUGACACGUACAACCAUAUACAGAUAUCUACCAUUCUUUACUGCUACGCAAGUUAUGAUAUCCGAGACAGGGCCCUUUUUGAUAUCAUCAAGUUGAGAUCCUUAAAAAUAUUUUCAACCUUUGGGCACAAGUCUUUUUCUUUUCUCUUUAAUGCAUUUAAACGUAUGAACAUAGAAGAUGUAGUUUUUGAAAAAUCGUGUCUUAGUAAAGUGGCACAGUUGAGUUCUUUUAGCUGCGUGGAAACGUUUUGGUUGAUCCUCUCUGCUUAUGCCUCUGUGAGGGAGGAGAGACAGAGGGAGGAACUUUCCCGUUUGAUGUUUUCAAAUUUCAGCAAUGUCAUCUUCAGAGCUUCCUCCUCUGUCGUUGCUUUGCCCAACGUGGGCCACCAUAUCAGUCGGCUGACGAAUCUCUUCACGAAAGUUCGCAAAAUUCCCCCGGCGGAGGUGCUGCAACUCUUGGUGAGUCAUUACCCAAAUUACGAGCACACCCUCUCAGCGGCCAGCUGCACAAGUCUCCUCACAUCAAUCUCCAACCUGUGCGCGACUCUGACCGCGAAGGAAGAGAAGGAAGGGAAGGAAGGGAAGCUAUCCUGGAAGAUUUACUAUCACUUCGUAAAUUCCUUAACGGAAAAGAUUCUUGCAGCUAGCGAUUUGUACAGAAACAAAGAUCUCUUAAUAAACUUCCUACAUGGGAGUGGGAAAAUAUUCCCUUCCUUCGCAAAAUGCACCACAGUGGAUGAGAAAAAAAUUUUCUACUUUGUUCAGAUUCUAAAAAUCGUUCUCCCUCAUUUGUAUCCCUUUAUUGAAGAAAUGAGCAUGGGGGAAAUUGCCGUUCUGGUGGAGUGUCUCAGCAAGGAGAAUUACUCCCGAGAGGCAAUGGAGGCGGUGGGUUUGAAGUUUGACGAUGUUGGGGGAGCGGUGUUGCGCAGGGUGAAGCGACUGCUGCGCGGAGGGGAAGAAACCGCAAAUGUGCAGGGGGAAAAUGUGCAGGAGGAAAACGCUCGGGCGGAAAAUGUGCAGGGGGAAAACGUGGAGACGGCUACCAUACGAAUCGCCAACGCAAUCACCGUCUGGAGGGGCCUGCUGAAUCUGGGACUGCACGACAAGGAGUUGUUCCAAUUGAUGGUCGAACGGUGCAUCCUGUCCUCGUCAUGCCUAUCGUCCAUCACAUCCUUGUCUCAAGCCAUACACUACGUGUACGUGUACAGCACGGCCACUGAGCCCAUUCCGAAGAAGCGACACAUAGAGCUAUUACGAUUUUUACUUAACACUGUACACAGGUUGAUGGUCAACGAGGGGCUGGCUCCUCUCAACUGCGGAGAGGAAGACGAUGAAAUCCCCCUCUCCGAAGAAAACUUAAAAAGAUUUACCAAUGAGCAUCUUUUGGAGAAGGCCCUCACAGGGUUAUGCGAAGCUCUUAUGAUAGUCUUGCCCCAUGUUUGCAAUAUAGGGGUGGAUGAAUCUGCGGAGUUCUCCCACACUUCCGAUAACAAACUUCAUUCCAUUGCGUUUCGACCCCUGAGCAGUUCUUCUUUGUUGCAAUUUUACCUGACCAUUUUGAAAAUAGCUGAACAAGUCAGGCAAAAAAAAAAAAAAAAUCAAUAUCACCCACAUCGCAGAGACGAGUUAAGUCACGUGGUGGAGGAGAUACAUCAGUGCGCGUUAGGCAUGCAGAUGCACAGCGUGUAUGUGAGGCUUCCCUCCUUCACAGUGAUGGUGUUGGAUGGUUCAACAUGUCCUUCUUAA